AUGCAGACUAGUGCCAACGGAGGCGACAGCAGCAAUGAAAUAAUCUACAACAAGGUGAUAUUGGCUCCCAUGGUCCGGGGCUCCGAACUUGCUUUCCGUUCCCUCGUUCGUCGAUACCAUGUCACAAACUGUUACAGUCCCAUGUUGCGGUCCGAAGAAGUUGUCAGGGCGUUUCAAGUGUGGCAAAAUGGCAAUUUCCAAAACUAUCAGGAUCCUAAAUUAUUGGAUGAGUUGAAACAUGAGGAUGGAGUUCUUUUCUUUACCGACAUUUUGCGAGAUACAGAACCAUUGACGGUGCAAUUAUGUGGCUGUGAUCCGAACACUUUGAGUGAAGCGAUACAUGCUCUAUUGACAUUAAUAAACCCAGGGAUAUUGCAGGGAGUUGAUUUCAAUCUGGGAUGUCCGCAAAAAUGCGCAUCGGAUGGAUGUUUUGGCGGCUUUUUAGCAGAAAAGAAACCAGAGUUGGCUCUGGAAUGUGUUGCCGCCAUGAAACAGGCGAUGGAUGGCUUCCGAACGGACCGCAAACCUGUUUUGUCGUGCAAGAUUCGAUUGCUAGAAGAUCAAGGCAAAACGUUAGACUUCGCCCAGGCCUUGCAAGACGCUGGCUGCGAAAUUUUGGGGGUCCACUGCCGCAAACGAAGUGACAAGCACAAUGGACCUGCUGCUUUAAAAAUUGGAAAACUACUGGCAACAUCUCUCUCGAUUCCUGUCAUUAUCAAUGGAAUGGAUGUUGCCAAGCUGCAAGACAUCAAGGAUACGCUGCGAACGACACAAGCGCAUUCGGUCAUGAUUGCCCGCAACUUUUUGGCUAAUCCCAGAUUGCUAUUGGAAACAACGAAGGAAGAUCCCGCCGAGUUGGGAGCUGAAUAUUUGGACUGCUGUGAGGAGUAUCCUCCCCCGUCGGCCUUGUACAUUCAGAAGCAUUUGCGCUGGAUCUUUCGAAUCCACUUGGAACCAGCGAAAGCAAAAGACGGCGAUAAGAUCGACUAUUCUGACUGGAGGGUCCGAUUGUGGACCUUUAUGGUGCGGCCCUACAUUACUACCCUAUACCAAUUUCGCCUGCUGAUUGCACUAUAUGUAAAAUUGAAUGGUUCGACCUUGCCAGCACCUUUGCAGAGCCUACCAGAGCCCUCCUUCAAGUCUAUCCGGCAUGCCACCAGAGAGCCACCCAGUAGAUCGAAGGACGAGAGAGAUAAGAAGCGCGCCAAAACAGCGGAUGGAUGA